CCUGCCACAUGUGCCCUGUCGGACCCACACCCGUCGCUUCCCUGGAGUCCCAAGUGCAGCGCCUGGACCCACUGACGUGUGGCCCGCCGCAGAGCCCCUUUGCCUCAUCCGCGCAGGAAGAAGCACCUAUACAAGUAAUUUUGCUGUAGAAAUUCACAAAAAAAAUAUUGAAAUGUCAGAUUCCACACCAUUUGCGAUAAGACUGGUUCAUCUGGACCUUAAAGGAGCACCACCGAAGGUCUCGUACCUCUCAAAGGUCUUUCCUCUGUUCCGUGCACUAGGUGCUAACGGCCUCCUCGUGGAGUAUGAAGACAUGUUUCCCUAUGAGGGCCCCCUGAGGCUGCUGCGAGCCAAGCAUGCCUACAGCCCCUCUGAAAUCAAAGAGAUUCUGCAGCUGGCUAGGAUGAAUGAGCUGGAGGUGGUUCCCUUGGUUCAGACAUUUGGACACAUGGAGUUUGUGCUGAAGCACUUGGCCUUCGCCCACCUCCGGGAAGUGGCGCCCUUCCCCAAUACCCUGAACCCCCAUGAGGCGGAGUCUCUGGCCCUGGUAGGAGCCAUGAUCGACCAGGUCCUGGAGCAGCACCCGGAAACCCAGCGUCUCCACAUCGGGUGUGACGAGGUCUAUUACCUAGGAGAAGGGGAGGCCUCAAGGCAGUGGUUACGGCAGGAGCAGAACAGCAAAGUGAAGCUGUGUUUGUCGCACAUAAGGGCAGUGGCCAGCCAUGUACGGACCUGGCACCCCCGUAUAACACCCCUGGUGUGGGAUGACAUGCUGCGGGACAUGCCCCAGGACCAGCUCACAGCAUCGGGGGUGCCAGAGCUGGUGGAGCCAGUGCUCUGGGACUACGCGGCCGACCUGGACGUGCAUGGCAAGGUGGUCCUCAUGCACAAGUACCAGGAGUGUGGCUUCCGGGGGCUGUGGGCUGCCAGUGCCUACAAGGGUGCCACGGGGCCCAGCCAGGCCCUGCCCCCAGUCGAGCAUCACCUCAGGAACCACGAGCGCUGGCUGCAGGUGGCAGGCUGCGGACCAGCAGGCUUGCUGCAGGGCAUCAUCCUGACUGGCUGGCAGAGGCACGACCACUUCUCCGUGUUGUGUGAGCUGCUCCCGGUGGGGGUCCCGUCGCUGGCGGCCUGUCUGCAGCUGCUCCUCCACGGAGGAUUCUCUGAAGAUGUCAAAUCAAGAGUGGAGAACAUACUUGGGGUUUCAAGUGUGGAAAUAGCCAGCCCUGUAAGCGAGGGGGCCGGCUCCUUCCCUGGCAGUGACAUCCUCGGCCUUGUCACGCACUUUAGUCUGCAUUUGCGCAGCUCUGUGGAUGCACUGCUGGAGAGGAACAGGUACGUGACUGGCUGGUUUGGCCCCUACCAUCGCAGGCGGAAGCUCAUCCACCCUGUCAUGGUCCAGCACAUCCAGCCUGAGGCUCUUAGCCUCCUGGCCCGGUGGAGCCCCCUCGUGCAGGAACUAGAGGCUGCCCUGCACCAGGCCUUCUACCCAGACGCUAUUGAGGAGUGGCUGGAGGAGAACGUGCUCCCGAGUAUGCAGCGGCUUCAGGUGCUGCUGCAGGACCUCAGCGAGGCGGCUGCUAACACUAACCCACCUGCCAGCCCCGGCUGGGACACCUGUCAGAACCCCUGAGGGGAGUGGUACGUGGGUGGGCAUCUGUGCAAGAUCCAGCAGCCCCCAUGGUGCAGAAAUCAUUGGAAAAAAGAAAGUAUCAAAGGGAAAAGCAUGUGGGACCUGCUCUAUGAUCUGCAUGUAGAACUUUAUUUUUUAGAAAUAAAAAGCAGUGUGGAGGCCAGAGGUCGCUCUAAUGAGA